CCUUCUCAAGGAGGAACAAAGGGGAAGCAAAACCCUCGUCGUCACCCUCCCCCUCCCUCCCUGUCGUCCGCAACCAGCCAAAGCCAAUCCCAAGUUGGGAGCCGGAAGCACCUGCCGCAUCAGCCGUCGCCGUCGAUGGAGGCGGACUACUACAAGGUGCUCGGCGUCGGCCGCGGCGCCACCGACGACGAGCUCAAGAAGGCCUACCGCCGCCUCGUCAUGAAGUACCACCCGGACAAGAACCCCUCCCCGCAGGCCGACACCCUCUUCAAGCAGGUCUCCGUCGCCUACGACGUGCUCAGCGACCCGGAUAAGCGGGCCGUCUACGACCAGUACGGCGAGGAGGGGGUCAAAGCGGGCGUGGCCCCGCCGCCCCCCUCCGCCGCGCCCGCGCACGCCCACGACUUCGGCGGCAGCGGCAGCGGCAGCGGCCCCGGGUUCCGCUUCCAUCCGACGAGCGCCGACGAGAUCUUCCAGGAGAUGUUCGGGACCUCGUACUUUGGGCAGAUGUUCGGGGCCUCGUACUUUGGGCAGGGGCCGCGCAGGCCCUGGAGCGAAGGCAGCGCUCCGCAGUCUGUACCAGGAUGCGGCGCCAAAGCUGCCGCCGCGGCCGCCGCCUUCUCUCCCGGGUCAGGGGAAGCGUCCGGCGGGGGGUCGGCGAGGAAGGGGGCGGCGAUCGAGCGUCAGCUGGCCUGCAGCCUGGAAGACCUGCACAAGGGCGCCACCAAGAAGAUGAAGAUCUCCAGGGAUGUCCUCGACCCCGUCGGAUGCGUCUCGCAAGACAGCUCGCACGCCUGACUAUGGUUAUCGACGGGACUGGUUUUCGACCAUUUUGGUCGACCUCUUGACCAGGCCGGGAUAUCGUUGAUACUCUAGUACACUAUUUACAAGCACUACCACGAGUUUAACCAGGAGCAGUAUUAGGUUGUUUUUCGUAUCUUUGAUUGGCAGGACAUCUUCCUUACUGAGUUGCACACCUUCUGCGGUGUUGGGCUGACUGUUGAUAUGGCAGUCCAUGAUGCUGUCUAUACUGCUAUCACCCGCCUCCUUGGAGAGCACCCUCGCUUGGAUGAGGCUGGAUUUAGAUACACCAUGUAUGCUCUCGUUGGGGAUGAGACUGGAUCUGACAUUGCUGCCUCCACUUCUUACGUGCAGCAACGUAAUGACCGAUCCUCCACCGUUGUCUGUACCCUUACGUGAGUCGUCGCUACGAGCCACAAGUUCCGGUUCGGUACACUUCGAUGCUGGAUUGUGUUGUUCGAGCUUUGACCGUUGAGCGUUACGCCACCUGUACUUGUCUUUACGACGCGAUGACAUAGUUGCUAUCAGCAGUCAGUGCAAGGAUACACCCUGAGUACAUCCUUUACCCGCGCAGGACAGAACUACCAUCAGGUCUUGAGUUGCCUGCUGUUGGAGGCCGUACUCCUUCAAGUGGACCUUUGUUCCCCAUUCGGGACCAAUACCUGUAUCAUAGUCUUAACGAGAUGCAAAAUCCUGCCUCCAGAUUUGCCGUUCAGGGUCGCUGUCAGUUACCUGGUUUUAGUGGUUGCUCCGACGUUGAUGUAGCAUUAUCGCUAUGUCCCGUUAUUGUAUCUCUCCACCUCGUCUCUGUGUGCUGCCUAGUGGGUAUCGUCAAAUUUUGAACUUGUAACCGUUGGUUUGUAAUUGAACUUAUGCAUGGAUCUGUAUGUCGUACUUGGCUACUAUGAAGUAUCUAUCACAUUUCCCUUCCAUUA